AUGUUUACAUCUCUAAAGAAUCUCGCCCUUUGGCUGGGGUUCAUUUUACCAUUAGUUGGGUCCGCCGGCGCUGACGUCAUCGCCUGGACCUCGCCCAGCGACAGUCUGCCAGAUUGGGCAUCGGAGAGUACUCUGCAGCUCAGUCUGUCGACAUCUUCGACAAACUACGCCAUCAUUCCCCUGACGGAUAAACUGGCGGCCGGUCAGAGUGGCCAGAUCUCCUCGUCCACCAUCAGUAUCAAGGGCGAUCUCAAAGCAGCAGACGACUCAAACUACGACACAAUCACCUCGUCCGGGGAUGUCGCUUACAUGACGUGCGACCAGUCGGACACGGCUACGUACAUCACCCCGGACAAGAUGCUCAACGAGCUGAUGAAGCAGGCCCCCAAGGCCAUUGUGCUCUACUCGACCGAGCACAACUGGUGCUCCCUCGGCCACAACGGCGAUCUCGACUAUACGGCCAUCCUGUCCAUGACGGACACGGGAGAGUCCGCCUCGGUUCUGGCCCACCUUAACGAGACGUCCAAGUCGUCGGUCGGCGUAUCCAUCUACGGAAGCGCCAACAAGGAGACGAGCAUCGACAACGACGGCAACCAGAGCAGCGGGGAUGGCAAGUCGGCCGUGGCCAUGAGCGUGCUAUAUAGUAUCACCGGGCUCGUCACCUUCCUCUUCCUCGUCAUCAUCGUCAACGGUGCCAUAAGAGCGCACCGCCAUCCCGAGCGCUACGGUCCCAGACGCGCAGCCCCCGGCAGACCCAGGCAGAGCAGGGCCAAGGGCCUCGCUAGAGCCGUACUCGAGACGCUGCCCGUGAUCAAGUUUGGCGAUCAGCAACCGUCCAAGCCGGACCCGGAGCUCGAGACAAUAGAUGACGCCAUCACGGCCGAGGAGGGGAGGGUCAGGGACCCAGCCGCCGCUCAGGGAGCCGCCGCUGCUGAUGCGUCCCCAAAUGCCGCCGCCGCCACGAGCCGGGGCGCAACAGCUCCGGGUCCCGAUACCCAGAAUCGCGCCGGGACAAGCGCCAGCUCGCCACGAACCUCCAUGGAGAGAUCGGAGACUGCAGCCGCCACCUCAGGAAUAGAAGGGGCAACAGCAGCACCGAGGGCAUCCACCGCUUCCCAAUCAACACCGGAGGCACUGGGCUGCUCCAUAUGCACCGAUGAUUUCAAGGUCGGCGAGGACGUCAGGGUUCUACCCCGCCUCGACCUACGUCCCGGCCAAGCCAGCGGCAGCGGUACAACCAACGAAGGCCAACAGCCAUCCACAGCUAGCGAGUCACUCCCCCCACCCCUCAAUGUAGGAAGUCACGGCGGCAGCCACGAGACGUCCGGCUCCCCCGACGUCACCGACGGUGGCAUCGACGUCAACCGACUCCGGUGUGAGGCAUAA